AUGUCCGGGGAACACCCUAGUUUGGGCAAGAAUGACUCGAAGGAGCAUACUGGGACGGAGAAGAGAAAUGCUUUUACCGAACUCCUGGCUCCCAAAAGCAAGCAACCUAAGCACGCGACUAAAACCCCGUCCGAUCGAAAUGCGGCCAAGGGCAAGGCUGCAUUUAGUGUCCGCGACGGACUAGGCGCCUACAUCGCAAAGCCUGAGACUUACGGCCCCGAUGUCGUAGUCUACCAUAAUGACGAUUUUGUGGCGAUACACGACAUGUUCCCAAAGUCAUCACUACACCUCCUCCUUCUCCCCCGCGACCAGACCAAAACGCGCAUGCAUCCAUUUGAUGCGUUCGAGGACGCCGAAUUCCUAGAAAAAGUGAAAGCUGAAACCCGAACACUGCGCAAGUUGGCAGCGGGUGAACUGCGACGCAAAUAUGGGAAGGACUCUGCCCAGGAGCAGGCGAGGCAGGCGGCGCUGAGCGCUGAUCCGCCGCCCAACGAACUACCACAGGGUCGGGACUGGGAAGAGGAUAUUGUGGUGGGGGUGCAUGCGGUCCCAUCCAUGAACCACUUGCAUGUCCAUGUAUUAUCCGUGGACAGAUAUAGCGAGCGCUUGAAGCAUCGGAAACACUACAAUAGCUUUUCUACACCGUUCUUCGUGCCAAUCGAGGACUUCCCACUGGCAGAAGAUGAUGUGCGACGGUAUCCGACGGAAGAGGGGUAUCUGAAGCGAGAUUUUACAUGCUGGCGCUGUGGCAGGGGCUUUGGGAAUCGGUUUGCGGAGUUGAAGCAGCAUCUGGAGCAGGAGUUUAAAGAAUGGAAGAAACUGUGA